ACACCAUUGUCACCAACCUUGUGUAGCUUUCAUGGUGAAUUCUCCCAAGCACUAAAGCCAUUCCAGUGCUUCUAAUCUAAAGCGCUUUCGAAUUUCGAUCUACUUUUCAUCUCUUGCUCUGUUUCAGUCUCCCAGGUCUUCGGCUUUGAAUUCAAUCUCUGUCAUAACCCUGUCCUAGAAUUCUCUGAUUCUUAUUGGAAUUUGGGUCUCUGCUCCCUCCCUGCUUCUCCUGUUAAAAAGUCUGAGACUCCCAAACCAAACUUGUAUUGGGACGGGCGCAUAUGGACUUUGUAAUGGAAUCUGAAAAUGGAGUUAAUGUGGAGGAUGAGAGUUGUGCAGUUGAGAAGCCACAAGUGGAUAAUUCAGUUGUGGAUUUGGCGAAAAAAAGUGAGAAUGUUGACUGUGGUCAUAAUGCUCCCACUUUGAAAGAUAUUUCGGGACCGGUGGCAGUAACCGAAGUCCUUAGUUCUUCCAAAGCUAAGAUUCAGGCCUCUGUGACUGUUCCCAAGGGCAAAAAUGUAAAAGGUUCAAAGGAACCUGGAACAGCAGGAGGUCCUUCAAAGAUUAACAAACUGGCAAAGGAGAAACCAACCAUAACAGGCUUUGCCCCAUCCCCUCGAACAAACAGGCGAAUCCUUUCUCAGAGUCUUUCAUUUCCUGCAAGAGGGGUCAGUACCGACGUCAUGGACAAAAGCAUUGACAAAUAUCCAGUUAAAACGGUUGCCAAACGCACUGGGGAAAAUGGCAUUAAAUCAAGGACCCAAGCGUCUGAGGAUUCUCAGUCGAAGAAUCCAAGCAAGAAUGCUCUAAACAGAGUGAUCUCUAGGGGAGUGAAUAAAAACGCUGGUAGUAGUGCCCUGAGAUCUUCAUUGGCAGCAAUUCCUGGCAAUCGCUCCUCUAUUUCUGAGAAAAAUGCAUCAGUGAAUGCGACUAGCGAUUCUCCUCCGUCUGAAUCGGCUGUAUCUGUUGAACAGAAACCAAAUCCAGGAAAAGCAACAUUCCUCCCUAAACAGGAUGAUGAUGUUCACUCCACGUCUUCAGGUGCCACUCCCCGUGGAAGGAGAAAUAGUUGUCCUGGUUUUGCUUUCCGGUUGGACGAACGUGCUGAGAAAAGGAAGGAGUUCUUUUUGAAGCUAGAAGAGAAAAUCCAGGCAAAGGAAGUUGAGAAAACUAAUAUGCAGGCUAAAUCAAAGGAAAGCCAGCAGGCAGAGAUUAAGCAGCUGAGAAAGAGUAUGACAUUUAAAGCAACACCCAUGCCUAGUUUCUAUAAAGAACCUCCUCCAAAAGCUGAACUAAAGAAGAUACCAACUACCCGUGCAAUAUCUCCAAAGCUCGGUAGACAUAAGAGCUCGACUGCUGAAGCGGGCGCCUCUGUACACAGUCCACGUCAAAACGGUGAACCGAGCAAUUCGCCAAGGGCAUUCCGAGCUAAAUCCGAUAAAGAGACUAUUAGUUUGAAGAAGCCAGCUAAAAAGCCCCAAACCAAGCUCCAGCCGAACGAAGCUCCAGCAUCUAAAACAGAAGGAGCUGCCAUCAAGUCAAAACCAAAGAUCAGCAAACCCGAAAGACAGCACCCGAAAGCAGACAUUUCAGAGAUUACAAAACAGGAGGAGCAGCAGCCAGCAGACCAUCCCGAAUCCAACGAGGUCGAGGACCUGAAUUCUGGAUUGAAUCCUCCCAACGAGGAACCAACAACCUCACCCUCACCAGAAAUCAUGGCACCUGAAAUUGCAGUUGGAGGCUAAAAAACGCGCAAGGUUCACUUCCAAGACAUCAUAUUUAGAGGUUUGAAAAUUUUUAUGGUAAGUAUUGUGAAUAGAAUAUUUGUCUGUUCUUAUGUCAAAUUUAUAAAUUUGGUGUCUACAGGUCAACAUGAGU